CGAGAAGUUGAAAACUUGAAAUACCCAAUUCAAAGAACACUUAAUUACACACCUAGUGACUUUAAAAAUCACAACAAUUGGAGUAUUGAGGAGGUAGUAAUAUAGGAGUUUGCAUAAGAUAUUACUAUUCAGUUUCCCGCCAGAGUUGGUGCCUCUCCUGCUCCAACAUAGCAAUUCGAAAACCAAGUCCUGAACUCAACCUUCUUUUUCUCUUCAAUGGCGCCUCGGAAACUGACCGAUUACGAACGCAAACGGCUUGAGAACAUUCGCCGCAACGAUGAAGUGAUGGCUUCCCUCAAGCUCCAUUCUAAAGCCACCCAACUCUCCAACUUCAAGCGUCCAAGGGUCGAACAAACCAAAUCCCACAACGUGAAACCCAAAAUCCAAACCCCGAUCGUCAUCAGGCGCUCCCUGCGAACCAGAGUUAUUCCACCACAUUCCACCACUCCCUCCAAAACCGAACCUUCAAGUUCGGGUCCUCUUUCCAUGUCUGAUGCUCGUCACGGCACUCACUCUCAUUCUUCCUUCAUUCAAUCACUCAUGUGUAUGGCCAAAAAGCAAGCCCAAACAGUUCGAGAUAAAGUUGGGAGAUUUUUGAACGAUGUAAGUGUUAAAGAAGAGAAAAUGGAAACUUCCCUUAGGUUGAAAUCUCUGCAUUUGGAUCCCGAGAAUAUUGCACGGGUUGUUCCUGGAAGGAUAACCGAUGUGCGGUUUUUUCCUUCCACUAGUGUCAAAAUGAUUGCGGCGGGUAACAGGUUUGGUCAUAUUGGGUUCUGGAAUGUGGGACAAAGAGAGGUUCAUUUAUACCAUCCCCAUUUGGCUCAGAUUUCUGGGAUCUUGAUUCAACCACAUUGCUUCUCCAAGAUAUACACAAGUUGUUAUGAUGGAACUGUUCGACUAAUGGAUGCCGAGAAGGAAAUCUUUGAUCUGGUAGUUGAUAGUGAUGAGUGUAUAUUUGCUCUCUCUCAACCAACAAAUGAAGCAAACUGCUUGUAUUUCGCUGAGGGUUAUGGAGGUUUGACUAUUUGGGAUAACAGGAUUGGAAAACGUUCGUCGCACUGGGUUUUGCACAAAAGGAGGAUUAACACAGUAGAUUUCAACUGUGAAAACCCUCAUAUUGUUGCUACUAGUUGCUCUGAUGGAACUGCCUGCACCUGGGAUUUGAGAUAUACUGAUGGAGAUAAACUCACUCCCUUGAGGAUAUUUACCCACGAUAGAGGUUUGCAAUCUGCUUACUUCUCUCCUUCUGGAAGUAGCUUGGCAAUUACAAGCAUGGACACCACAAUUGGCAUUUACAGUGGAGUUAACUUGGAGGAUGCUACUCUUAUUUAUCAUAACAAUCAGAAUAGUACACGCCUUUCUACUUUCAGAGCGAAAUGGGGUUGGGAUGACUCAUAUCUCUUCAUUGGAAAUACGAAAAGAGGAGUUGAUGUCGUCUCAGCAGUUGAAAGGAGAAGAGUUAUGACUCUAGAGAGCCCGUACUUGUCUGCCUUUCCAUGUAGAUUGGAUACACACUCUUACGAGGUUGGGAUGCUAGUAGGAGCUACAAAUGGAGGCCAGGUUUAUACCUGGACUUCGCGCUAGGAUGUUCUUCAAUAGAAAAAAAAAAACUAUGCACUUUCGUUUUAUGUUAUACACUACAAUGAAAAUGAAACGUAUCCUAGUAUUGAUUAGACUUGA